AGCUUCGAGCAAUGGGUGUAGACCCUUCUACUGCCGCCAAGCUAGAUGAUGAGGAUUGGAGUCUUGGCGAUGAUGCUUAUGUGGCAGUUCUCGAUGUAUUUCAUCAACUCCAUUGCUUGAACACUCUCCGACAGAUAGCAUAUGGUGACCUCUAUCCAAAGGUUUCUGGUGGUCGUGACAGGCCCAUCUGGAAAUUUCAUGUCGACCACUGUGUCGACAUUCUUAUGCAGGAGCUUCAGUGCAGUGGCAAUCUCAACCUUGUUACUUACCACUGGGUUGAAAAUCACGAUAGACCAUUCCCAAUGUUCGGUAUUAACCGACAGUGUGUCGAUUUUGAUGCUUUGACGAGUUGGCGUAUUGAAAACACGAUCGACGUUGACAGGUACAAUAGCAUUGUCAGGAAGCCACCCGGAGCCAAACAGUUGCCAGCUGCGGACGACUGGUACAAGUAUAGGGCACCGGAACUUACGAAUCCUAAUCAUCUGAACGGAGCAAAUCCUGAUGAGAAGAUCAUCUUGUAAUGUGAUUUUGGGAAAGAUUUAGUUUGGGUGGCGAGGGUUUGGUGCGACUGAGAUCCAGAGUUUAGGCGAG